GUAUUUUCCUCUCCACAGAUUUUCUUUCUUCUUCUCUCACCUGGUCUGGGCACUACCUAGCUUGUAAUUUGCAUACCCUUUUUUCUGUUCUUUUUCUUGUACGAGUUCAAAGGUUUCCCAGAAGCCAUCUCAUUGUAUAAAGCUGCUUCCUUUGAUUGUUUCAAGAACCCUAAAACUUGCCUCUGCAGAUACUAUAAUUCUUGUUGGAAUACAAAAAAGCUCAGCUUUGGGGUUUAAAGUCGGUUUAUUGAGUUCUUGUACGUAAAAAGAGAUAUAUAAUACAUACACAUAUAUAUAGCUGGAUUUCUUCUUUGGGUUUUGUGAGUGGGAAGAAAAUGAGUAAAGGGAAGAGUGAAACAGUGGCAAAAGCACUCCUCAAGAGCCUAUGCUGUGGCAAUGGAUGGUCUUAUGCUGUCUUCUGGGGUUUCAACCAGCAAAAUUCCUUAUUCUUGACACUGAGGGAUGCCUACUAUGAGGAGGAGAUGGGUGGGUUGAUUGAUGAUAUGCUUCUGCAAGUUAAUAUACUUGGCAGUGGGGUGGUUGGCCAAGUUGCUUUUACCAAGAAUCAUAAAUGGAUGCUUUCUGACACCAAUUCUGUUUGGCAGAGCCACCAUGGCUUGGCUGAUAAUUGUGAUGAGUUGUUGCAGGAUGAUGAUUCUGAAUUCUAUGGGCAGUUUUCCUGUGGGAUUAAGACAAUUGCAGUGAUAUCUGUUGAACCAUUGGGGGUUGUACAAUUUGGAUCUAAUCAGAAGCUUCCAGAGAGGAUGGAGUUUGUGGAUGAAACGAAAAAACUCUUUCAGGGGACAGAUAUUGAAACGAUUUUUGCUCAAAGUUCCUCUUCAUCAGCAAAUGGAGACGUUUUUGGCCUUAGCGGGUCUCUUGCUUCAUCGAUAUGCAAUUCUUCCUACUUUAUGAGCCCCGAAGCUCUGCCAAGCCCAGACUUUGUAGAUCCUAUAAUGAAUAUGGUUCAAUCGUUUCCGGUUGAAGCCUUCUCUCUAUUUGAUGACCAGUUCCAAAAUGGCGGUGUAGAAACUCAGACCAACUUCAGCAGCUAUGGCUUCCAACCUUCAUGCAGCAGUGUGUGGGGGCUUGAAGGUUCAAGCUUAACUUCGUUACAGGGAAACAUCUUACCCGGAGCGAUUUCUCAGGAUUGUGACAAUGCGUUUUGUGCGUUGCCAGACCAAUUUGAGUAUUGCACAAAUACAGUUCAAAACGUCUUGGAGAGGCCGGUUAUGACUUCAACACAUGAAUUAGGACAAUCUGCCUUUGAUGAAGUUUUGGAUGGUUUUGGGUGUAAAAUGCCCGAGAAAUCAGACAACAUUAGAAAGCCAGCAGCAACAAGUGGUCAGCAGUGGGAUUUUGGUACUUCGAUUUCAGGGUGCACCUCAGAGCACUCCAUUGGUUCCAAGGAUUGGCCAUCGAAUCGAUUAUUCUCCAAAUUAGGCCUAGAUCAUCUUUUGAGCGACAAUCCUAGUAGCUCGUGUUCUUUUGUUGGAUCUAGUUGCAAUGAUCAGUUAUCAUCGACAAAGAAGAGGAGAAUCGAACACCCUUUAGCUAGCGAGAGAGAAGUUACAAAGUUGGAGACUAUAGUAUCGUUGAUCGGUGAAAAUUGCAGCACCAAUGUCAUGAAUACUAAGGAUCAUGAAAAACCGUCAAAAGCAGUCAAGAAAAAGGCAAAACCAGGAACUCGACCCAUCCCAAAAGAUCGUGUAAGGACCUACGAACGCCUUGCAGAGUUGAGAGAGCUCAUUCCUAAUGGUGGAAAGAUGAGCAUCGAUCGCUUGUUGCAUCAAACUAUAAAACAGCUGCUUUUCUUGCAAAGUGUCACGAGGCUCGCUGAAGGACUUAAAAAAACUGAAGAACUAAAGGAUAAAAAGGGCCGGAAAGAUUCCAACUCCAACAGUAAUACUAACGGAGUAACAUGGGCCUGUGAAAUCGAGAAUCAAACAAUGAUUUGUCCCCUGGUAGUUGAGGAUCUUUGUACUCCUGGCCAAAUGCUUAUAGAGAUCCUGUGCCAAGAACAAGGUUUCUUUCUGGAGAUAGUGGAUGUAAUCCGAGGUUUUGGCUUGAAUAUAUUGAAGGGGACCAUGGAACUUCGCGAGACUAAGAUAUGGGCACACUUCAUUGUCGAGCCUGAGGCAAAUGCGUUUGUAUCAAGACACGAGCUAUUUUCCUCGCUUCUUCAACUUUUACAACUCUCGGGGCCUAGUGAGUUACACGCAAGAGAUCAGCUUGGUAAUGUUAGAGAUAAUGGAAGGCCUAGUACAUCGAGCAAUUGCUCCGAGUCUGCUGUGCCCUUUCCUAUUAGCUUGCCCGAGGGCCUAUAUUGACGUUUAAAAUAUUUAGACAGGUAAUUUAAACACUUUGACUGUAUAGUUAGUUCUCGUAUUGGUCUCUACUGGAGAAGAAACGCGGAAUAUAAUGGGGAAUUGAUCACUGAAGAGGCAUGGCAGCUAAGUAUAUGUGUGUUUUUGGGUAAAUAUAUAAGUAGGGUGGAGGACUUUAUUUGGCUAUGAGUGAAGGGAGCAUGCUUGCUAAGCAAGAAUAGAGUAAUGGUCCUUAUAGGCUAACAGUUGAUUUUGUUUGUAACUUUAUUUCUUGCUUCUCUUGUAGCUUUUGUAUCAUGAAAUUGUGGCUUUUCUGCCCUUUUUGGCUAUUUAGAAGUGAUUGCAGAAAA